ACCAUUAUUACAACCUAUUAUUGAAGAGUGCUAAUGACAAUGGAGAACACUGAUGUUAAUAGCAUGCAAUCAGAACAUUCAUUACAGACUGUUGAGCCAGGUGCUGCUGCAAUCACCAAGGUCCAGACAUAUAAAGAACCCCAUCAGCCAGUCAUGACCAUACCAUCCACUCGAAAAGACCAAACAUCACUACAAGACAGUACGUUAGACUCGUUUGGGAUUGGGAUGCAUGACAGACAGUCCUCUUGUACUUUCUCGACUACUUCUCUUUCGUCGUCCUUGUCCAUGUCGCCCUCUCCAUUAGAACUCAUGCAUGUGGCUGCUAUGACUGCUGCCUCUGCGAAUACUGAGGACGGUUUGGUACAUCGGGACAGUGAUGAGCCAUUGUUUCCAGCGCUUGAUGAUACUGAGACCCAUGAUAGGGAUCAUGAUGGUGAACAACCUCGACACAAUUCUGAAUUCCAUGACAACAGCCAGAUCAACAAUGUUGGAUUUCCUAGCUAUCAAUCCAAUGGAAAAAUGGAAGUAGAUCUUGCUAUUUCUGAAGAAGUAGAAGAGGAGGAAGUGGUACAUGAACAACAAGUAUAUCAUCCACAACAGAAUAGCUUGGCUGUAUCUACAAGUACAUCUGCUUAUAAGAGUGAUAUAGCGUCACAGUUUUAUAUUGAUACGACACCUGCAAGUGACGGGGUUCCUGUGCUGCCAUCGCCAAGUUCUGCUGUGGAGGACACUGUAAAGAUGGGGAUGGGGAAUACAUCGGCUGAACAGCCCUCAUCCACCAAGACUGAAACACUUGAGGUAUCUAAAGAUUUGAAUGGAUCUGUUGAUCAUCAGCCUACAUCCCAUAAACGAUCGAGAUCUGAUAGUAUCAGUCCAACUCGUACAGUUCGAACUCAGCCUGCCAGUGAUUCAACUGAUAUUUUGAUACCAGCAGCCAUAGAUUCAAAUACAAUAUCCAUGACUGGUUCUGAUUUAGAUUCUCUAUCAAACCCUCUGCCUUCAUAUUCCUCCAGAUCCAACCCUGUUGUGGCGAAACCUACUGCCAGUUUAAGUGAAUUCCAUCCCACCCAUACCGUGACUUUUACUCCAUUACCAGGCGUCAUAUCCAAAAUGCCGCCCAACAGUCGUCUGUUUAUGGGAAACCUUCCAUCCGACAAGCCUACACCCAAAGAAUUUGCUCAACGUUUUGUUCCGUAUGGAAACAUUGUUGAGAUUAUGCUCAAAUCCACGUUUGGAUUUAUUCAAUUUGAUAACGCUGAGAGUUGCCAGGCUGCUAUUGAGGGAGAAAACCAAAAUAUGAUGGGUGAUGUGAGACUUG